AUGGUAGAACUUAAUCAAAGAGAAGCUCUGGAGGUCAAAGACAGCAAGAAGACAAAAUUUGUCGUUGGUGAUGACACGCCAUCCGUCCAUCAUUCUCCACCUCCAACCUCUCCGGCUACACUCAAGAAGCCCAUGCGACAUCAUGUCAAGCGAAGAUCAACUAGCCGAGUACACGUUGCAAAGCUAGCUCCUAUUGCCAGAACCAAUGUUGCCCACACAGAUAGUGAGGCAGACUUUGAGCCGGACGAACCCCGGCCAACCAUGCGAAGAUCGCAAUCACAACGGUCUUUACGACGCUUGCCAUUCGAUAAAAAAAGUUUAGCAACCCUGACUCCUUAUUCAGCACCAAAAUCAGUUGAUGCAGAAAAGACGACUAGAAAAGGUCUCCCAUUUGAAAAAUAUAGUACUAGCACACCACUGGAAAGGAAAGACUUGGGGGAUGUCCAUGAGAAGACAUCACACCGCACCAACCCGAUAGUCUUGUCACACAUGACUCUUGCUGCGCCUGUGGAACAGAUAUUUAAUGCCGUUGCGUCUACCCUUGUGGUAAAGACAGCUCAAUCUCCUACAGCUCCCCAAGAAGUAUCAAAGCCCUUGCCAGAGCGCCCAGAGCGUCAAGAGCGCCCAGAGCGUCAAGAGCCUCUGAGAUCUCAGUUUGUAGCCCGUCGCUCCGAGACUCUGAGUCCGGUACGCACCAAGCCUCAUUCGAAUCAUGCCCGGCCAACCAUUACACGAACUCAGCAAAAGUUACUUUUGCAACGACAACAAUGCAUGGAAGAAGAAAAAUGCUUAAUAAGUCCAUGUCAUCAUCAAAAACUGAGCAGUGAGGUUGAGCGUGUGGGCCGUGAGUACCAAUGCAUUCGACGGCAUCAUGAUCCGUUGACAGAAAGCAUCCUAAGAUGUCUUGAAAGACGGACCACGCUCACAGCCAAGAGAUAUCCUAAAUCCGGAGAAGCCGUAUCACGUGCGCUGUCCAGUUCUAAUGUUCCAUUAUCUGAAACACGAUCUCCAGCGUAUGUUGACCAUCGACAGACGACAGCUUAUCGGCACCCUCAUCUAAGGACAAUCGCAGAGAUACGAGCACAAAACUCAAUAAAUAGCUCAAACUCUACUCCAAAUGUUUUUGGUGUACGAUGGAACACAGGGUCUGACACAUUGGACUGGGUCUUACAUGUUUUUACUCAUGGCAAUGACAGUACUUGAGUUUUAUUUUAUUUCAUUUUUCAUUAUUAUUUUUUGUCUGUAAAGUAUACAUAUAUACAUAUUUCUCUUCAUUUUAUUUUAUAUUUCUUUUCUGUCAUUGUUUUUUUUUCGUGUAUGUUUUAAUAAAGGUUCUUAUUUUUCUCUU